AGUUCAUCUUAGUGAUUAAGCAAAAAACAACGAUGAGUUUGAUCUCAAACAGGACUAAUCGGAGCUCCCUUCGAAAAGGAGAUCAUGUGUACAGCUUCAGAAAUCUGCAUGCAUAUUCUCACCAUGGAAUAUAUGUUGGGGACAAUAGAGUGAUCCAUUUCACAAGAACACAAGAAUCCGAAUCAGAAUCAUCUGCAGAUAAUAAUUUCAAAAUCGAGAGAUGUAAACACUGUGGAUACGAGCCAAAGAAGAACCGAGGAGUGGUGAAGACCUGCCUUAAGUGCUUCCUGAAAGGCCACAGGCUCUUUCGCUUCAAGUACGGUGUCCCAUCGUCUAACUUAGUCCUCAACCGUUCAGGAACAUGCACCACCGGCUCUUGCGGCUACUCCGAAGACGAAGUCGUCCAACGCGCCACCGAUAUUCUAAAAUCCGACGAGGGGUUUGGCCACUUCGACAUUUUCGAAAACAAUUGCGAGGCCUUCGCAAUGUACUGCAAAACGGGGAAGAGUGUAAGUCUGCAAGCCUUUUCUUUGAAAAACAAAGGAAAGAUUGCAAAAGAAGUUAUGAGAGGCCAGUCCUUUUCUAUGAAAAAGGCCAUUGAGAGUGGCUUAAAUUUGGUGGUGAAAAAUAGGAUUGACACCCUUCACUAUGAUAUGAAAAUUCAUCAGCAGGAUCGCAGUGCUGUUGAUAGUGGUGAUCAUGAGUGA